ACACACACACAAUAAUUUAUAUUGUAUAUGAGAUUGAAAGUUAUCUAUUAUGUGGACCAUAAACUGUGGUCCAACCGAUUGGACUUCAGACGUGUGUCUGUGCGCGCGCGCGCCUGUGUAUAGAAAAUCUUAGGUUGGGUGAAGUUGCGAGGCUUCAACUUAAGCCAACCCAAACCAGGCCAAAAUAUCAGGCAGUCGUGUGGGAAACGAGCCCCGACCCAGGCAAUGGUCGAUCACGUGUGGGGUGAAAGAUGUCCGUGAUUAGAGAUCAAUCCAAUGCAAGAAGGACGUCUGGUAAAAAAAGGUUUGUUUAGAUUUGGCAACAUCUGGAUGGACGAUGUGGAUCCCAAAUCAGUGGGAAUUUUGCCAUAUGUGGGCGCUGUCUGGGUUACAAUGCGAUGAGCCAGAUCACGAAAAAUCUCAAUUGCAAUUUCUUUCUGUUGAACAAGUUGCCACUUGCCAGCCUUGUCGCUUGUUGCCGCUCCUUGGUUCUCGCCGCAUGGUCAUCCAGACCGUUCAUAUUAGUAUGUCCUCCCGAUCGCGAUCGUUACGUGAAAAUUACGUAACCCCAGAUCCUCAGAGUACACACACUGACAACGGUUACAAGCAAGAAUCUAUACUUCAACACCUCUGCAUGAUUGAUAAUGGUCCCUAACUGCUCGGAUUUCUUCAUAUGGUCCAUCUAUUGUGGAGCUGCUGGAUGAACAGUGGAUGUCUGUGUAUACUGACUCAAAGGCAGAGCAACUUUGCUACGUGGCAAUCUGUCAGAGGCUAUUGUUGUUCAUGUAUCCUAACGUUUGAUUCGUUACUCGUUCAAAUUCUGACAACAACCAAAACAAAGGGCUCAUAGUCGUUGCUAUACCAUGCUUAUCCUCCAUCACCGUCCCUUUUGCAAAUGGACAGAUCUCACCCCUAAAAUUCAAUUUCUCCUCCGUAAGAUCUUCCCUCCCUUCGUUUCACUCGACCGUUGUCCUUCCUGCCAUUUUCGACAACCACCCUUGAGGACUAUCUCCACCCAUCAAAUAUUUUCCUGCAAUGUCAAGAUUGGAGCGCUUGUGCGUGCAGGAAAGAUCGAAGCUGCCCGACGAUUGUUUGAUGAAAUGCCCGAAAGGGAUGUUGUAUCAUGGAAUGCAAUCAUUGCAGCUUACUGGCAGAACGGCAACUUCGAGGAAGCAAAGCGGAUGUUCGAUUUGAUGCCAGCAAGGAACGUCAUCUCAUGGAAUUCAAUGGUCGCUGGGUGCAUCGAGAAUGAGAGCAUAGACAAGGCCUGCGAGUAUUUCCGCGAGAUGCCUGAUAGAAACGUCGCAUCAUGGAACGCGAUGAUUUCUGGGUUUAUUAGGUACAAUAGGAUUGAGGAAGCUGCUAGACUUUUUGAAGAAAUGCCUCAGCAGAACGUUAUCUCUUAUACUGCGAUGGUUGAUGGGUAUGCUCAGAAAGGGGAGAUUGAGAGAGCACGUGCACUCUUUGAUCGAAUUCCACGGAAAAAUGCAGUUUCGUGGACAGUAAUGAUAAGCGGAUACGUAGAGAAUGGGAUGUUUGACGAAGCUAGAAGAUUGUUUGAUCAGAUGCCUAAGAAGAACGUUGUCACAUUGACGGCAAUGAUUACUGGGUACUGUAAAGAGGGGAAGAUGGAAAAUGCUAGAAAUUUGUUCGAAGAAAUUCGACAUCGAGAUCUUGUCUCUUGGAAUGCCAUUAUAGCAGGAUAUGCACAUAAUGGGCACGGUGAGGAUGCGCUCAAAUUACACUCCCAAAUGCUGAAAACUGGUACGAAACCAGAUCAUUCUACCCUCAUUGUAGUUCUCACUGCGUGUUCUCUUCUUGUAUCACUACGGCAUGGGAGGCAAACUCACACAAUUGUUGUUAAAUGUGGGUUCGAAUCCAACAUUUCAGUGUGUAACACCUUGAUUACCAUGUACAGCAAAUCUGGUAGCAUCGAUGAGUCAUAUCUGGCCUUUCGACAAAUCUUCAGUCCAGAUGUAGUCUCAUGGAAUACCAUUAUAGCGGGGUACGCACAGCAUGGCCACUACGAGAAAGCACUCUGUUUGUUUGAUGAGAUGUGCACAAAUGGCUUCAAACCAGAUGGCAUCACUUUCCUUAAUGUCUUAUCUGCAUGUGGGCAUGUUGGGAAAGUGAAAGAGAGCAUGGAUUGGUUUGAUUCAAUGGUCAACGGGUAUCGAAUUGAGCCCAGGGCUGAGCAUUAUUCAUGCCUGGUCGAUAUACUGAGUCGAGCAGGGCAGCUGGAGAAGGCGUAUGAAGUUAUUAAAGAGAUGCCAUUUGAAGCAGAUGGUUCUGUUUGGGGUGCUUUGCUUGGUGCCUGCCGUGUCCAUUUGAAUGUGGAAUUGGGAGAGUUAGCAGCUACGAAGCUUGUUUCGUUGGAGCCUCAGAACUCUGCAGCUUAUGUCAUGCUGUCAAACAUAUAUGCUGCCGCUGGUAUGUGGAAGAAGGUUACUAGAGUGAGGGGGUUGAUGAAAGAGCAAGGAGUUAAGAAGCAACCUGGGUACAGUUGGAUGGAAAUCGAAGAAAAGGUGCAUUUGUUCUUGGGAGGUGAUAUAUCUCAUCCAGAGAUUGAUAAGAUUCAUUCGGAGCUUGAUAGGAUUGGUUUGCAGAUGAAGAUGGUUGACGAUCUUAUUGAUGUAGAGCUGCUGAAUACAGUAUAACACAUCUCAAGAUUGUGGUAAACAUUUAGAUCACCUUUUCAAUGAAAUCGUCAAUGGAUUCGGUUUUUUA